AAUCAGCAAAAUUCAACUUCUUUUCUUUUCUUUUCUUUUCCUUUUCUGUUUUUCCUUCAGAAUGAAGGGAAAAAAAAUAUUCUGCUGACUGACAAAGCAGAGGCCUCUGAGGAGCAAAGUAGAUAUGCCUGAAUCUAUGUAUCCUCUUAUCGUCAACCUAACAGACCAAUAGAAAACCAAAUGUGAAGCUGCUGCGGUAAAAGGUCCAAUAAAACACAACACAAUCACAGUAGUAGUCCAAAAUUCAGUUGCAAAUGGCAACUAUACUAGGAACUUCUUCCGCUGCAAUUUUGGCAUAUAGACCCUUCUCCAAACCUUCCAUUCCUUCUCUCUCUUUAACCUCCUCAGGGCUGAGUUUUGGGAGGGAGUCUUAUGGAGGGAUUGGUCUUGUGGGUAAGAAAGGGAGGCCUCAGUUUCAUGUUGCAGUCGCCUGUGUUGCAACAGACAUUGGCUCUGUUGAGGAGGCCCAGAAGCUUGCUUCGAAAGAAAACCAGAGACCAGUGUAUCCAUUUGCUGCAAUAGUAGGGCAAGAUGAGAUGAAAUUAUGCCUUUUGUUAAAUGUGAUUGAUCCCAAGAUUGGAGGUGUCAUGAUCAUGGGUGAUAGAGGAACGGGGAAGUCCACGACUGUUAGGUCCUUGGUUGAUUUACUUCCUGAAAUUAAGGUAGUUGCUGGUGACCCCUAUAAUUCAGAUCCAGAAGAUCCAGAGUCCAUGGGUAUUGAAGUCAGGGAGAGUGUCGUGAAAGGGGAGAAUCUCACUGUUGUCAUGACCAAAAUUAACAUGGUCGAUUUGCCAUUGGGAGCAACGGAGGAUAGGGUUUGUGGGACAAUUGACAUCGAAAAGGCUCUCACCGAGGGGGUAAAGGCAUUUGAGCCUGGUCUUCUUGCUAAAGCUAAUAGAGGGAUUCUUUAUGUUGAUGAAGUUAAUCUUUUGGAUGAUCACUUAGUGGAUGUUCUAUUAGAUUCUGCUGCUUCAGGGUGGAACACAGUGGAGAGAGAGGGUAUUUCGAUUUCACAUCCUGCAAGGUUUAUUUUGAUUGGUUCUGGUAAUCCUGAAGAAGGAGAGCUAAGGCCACAGCUACUAGAUAGAUUUGGAAUGCAUGCACAAGUGGGGACUGUAAGGGAUGCGGAGCUCAGAGUGAAAAUCGUGGAAGAGAGAGCUCGAUUUGACAAAAAUCCAAAGGAAUUUCGUCAUUCUUACAAGGCAGAGCAAGAGAAACUCCGGCAACAAAUUGCCUCAGCUAGGGCUUGUCUUUCAUCUGUACAGAUAGAUCAUGAUCUGAAGGUUAAAAUCUCUAAGGUUUGUGCAGAGCUUAAUGUUGAUGGAUUGAGAGGAGACAUCGUGACAAAUAGAGCUGCAAAAUCCCUCGCUGCCCUGAAGGGUAGGGAUCAAGUAACCGCAGAAGAUAUUGCUACUGUCAUCCCCAAUUGUUUGAGACAUCGUCUUCGGAAGGAUCCAUUGGAGUCAAUUGACUCAGGUUUACUUGUCAUUGAGAAAUUUUAUGAGGUUUUUAGCUGAUGGCAGUAAUUUUAGAAUUACAUUUCUGUGAUUUUUGUAACGGUUCCUCUAAUUAUAUUUUCUCUUUUUAUCAUGUUGCCUUCUCACGGUACCUUUGUUACAUGUUCUACAUAAAUGGACAUCUGUUAUGUUA